GACGCGCAGCCACGGGACAGUAACUGCCCGUCUCUCCACUUCAUCCGCGGGUGCAGUCAGUGAAGGUCGCGGGACUUUUGUUGUCGUUACCGGAGAGCGCGCGCGUGGAAACGGCUCAUGGACGCAUCAUGUCGACGUUUGUGUGUCGGGUUCAGUUUUUAGACGAUACCGAUCCGUUUAACAGCACCAGUUUUCCCGAACCGAGCAGACCUCCACUUUACACAUUCAGAGAAGAUAUCCCGGUGAUAAACCAGCUCGCGGGGAUCCACAGACUCCUCAAAGCUCCACACAAACUCGAUGACUGCGCUCUUCAGCUCUCUCAUACUGGAGUUUAUCUUGAUCUGGAGUUAUCUCUGUCUGAACAAAGAGAUGAACUCGAGGGAUUUCAGCAGGAAGAAUCUGGAGGGAGGGGAAAGAAACACAGCAUCAUCUUACGAACUCAACUGAGUGUUCGGGUUCACUCGUGUAUCGAGAAGCUGUAUGAUUCAAAUGGACGUGACUUGAGAAGAGCUUUGUUUUCUCUCAAGCAGAUAUUUCAGGAUGAUAAAGACCUCGUGCAUGAGUUUGUGAUGGCUGAAGGUCUCACCUGUUUGAUAAAAGUCGGUGCUGAGGCGGAUCAGAAUUAUCAGAACUAUAUCCUCAGAGCUUUAGGUCAGAUCAUGCUGUAUGUGGAUGGGAUGAAUGGGGUCAUAGGUCACUCUGAGACCAUACAGUGGCUCUAUCAUCUCAUUGGCUCAAAGUUUCGUCUGGUGGUGAAAACAGCCUUAAAACUGCUGCUGGUGUUUGUGGAGUAUUCUGAAGCCAACGCAACACUGAUCAUCCAAGCUGUUAACAGUGUGGACAACAAAAAAAGCUGUAAGCAGUGGUCAAAUGCUAUGGAGAUUUUAUCAGAGAAGGACGGCGUGGACACAGAACUUCUGGUGUAUGUCAUGACUCUCAUCAACAAGACACUGGCAGCUCUUCCGGAUCAGGAUUCGUUUUAUGAUAUGGUUGAUGUUCUGGAGGAGCAGGGGAUGGAGGCUGUGUCCCGCAGGUAUCUGGGCCGCAAGGGAACCGAUCUGGACCUACUGGAGCAGUUGAAUAUAUAUGAGGCGACUCUUCGUCAUGAGGACGGUGAUGAAGACUGCUUACCUCCGUCCUCCGGUCGCCGCGAGAGACGCCGCUCCAGUGUUGGGGGAGAACAGAGGCACGGUUUGCAGAGACGUCGAAGCCGCAGGCAUUCGUUGGGUAGAUCAAGCCACGCCUCCCCAUGCCACACAAAUGGACAGGACAUUAAUGAAAGGUCAUUUUCCGCCGUCAGUUCUCCAUCAUCAUCAGUCAGACAGCAGAAUGAGAAGCCAGCUCAUGGUGGACUCUUGUCAUCAUCAUAUCGUCAGCAUCAGGAGUCUUUGGCUGCAGAGAGAGAAAGACGACGAGUCCAGCGAGAGGAAAGACUUCAGAGGAUUGAGAGAGAGGAGAGAAACCGACACAGUCGUGACUAUUUGUUAAACAUGGAGGAGGCCAGACACGCUCGAGAGGAGAGGUUUAAGACGGCAGAGCGUCUCGCUGCUGAGGAGUUUGAGAGAGAGCGAUUACGUUCAGCACCUCGUGGAAUCAGUCUCACUCUGAGUCCAUCUGACAACUGUCAAUCAUCCCGCAGUUCCACACCCACCUCUAUGACAUCACAGGAUGACCAGGACACACCUGUCGAGUCAUGCCUACCAUCUGAACCAGAUCCAGAUGUAACGCCAGCUUCGGAAGUUGAGGAGAAAGACCAAGAGGAACCCACAGAAGAACCAGAGGAGGAAGAGGAAGCGGAGGAGUUAAGUGCUGAACAGGAAGUGGGCGAAGCUGAGGAACAGGUGGAGGAGGAAGAGGAGGAGCCUGAAGUGGAAGCUCAAGAUGAAGAGGCGGAAGACAGCGGGAUUUUGAGCGAUAAAGAACGUCAGAAUGAAGAAGUGAACGAGAAAGACAACUGCUCCGCCUCCAGCAUCUCUUCAGCCAGUAGUACACUAGAAAGAGAAGACAGACUCACUGGAGUUAACACUGAGACCGGUCAGUGGUCUCAGAGCAUCAAAGAUGUCAAUGUGAAUGAAGAACGAAACAAGAUCCUCAACAGUAAACUCUUUAUGUUGGACAUGCUGUAUUCACAGAGCAAACAGCCCUCAGAGGAAGAUGAGGAUGAGGAGGAACAAGAUUCAAGAGAGAAAGAACAGACUGAAGAUUCAUCUUUGUCGACGCAGGAAACACAGCCUCCACAGGAGGACGACGUCCACCAUAAAAGCGAAGAAGAAAAGAAAGUGGAGAACCAGAGCAAUGUACGAGCGUUUGCCGAGCGUUUCGGAGACCUGGUGAAGGGUCUCACCUCUCCGCCGGUAGAACCCAAGGAAGCCCUAGAGAAACAGCCGCCUCCUCAACCUCCAAAAAAGGAGUCCGACUACAUCUGGGAUCAGUUGAUGGCGAGUCCUCGGGAACUCCGCAUCGGUGACAUCGACUUCACCGAUCUGGGAGAAGAGGAGGAUCGGGACGUCCUAGAUUCUGAAAGUUUUCUCAGCUCUGGAGAUUUACCCCCGCCGCCGCCUCCACCCCCCUGCCCCUUUAAUCUACCACCACCUCCUCCUAUGUUCGGUUGCCCCCCACCUCCCCCCAUGUUCAACAUACGAAUUCCUCCUCCCCCUCCCUGUUUCUCCUCCUCAGCCCCGCCUCCCCCUCAGCACCAGUCCGGGUCGCCACCAUCGCCUCCGCUGUUCCAAAAAAAGAAGAAGACUAUCAGGCUGUUCUGGAGUGAGGUCCGACCUUCUGACUGGAUCUACCGUCACCACAGGCGAAGUCAGGAGUCGCUUUGGACCAGACUCGAACCUGUUAAACUUGACACCUCUAAACUCGAGACGCUCUUUGAGACCAAAUCCAAGGAGAUGCCCAUAACCAAGAAAACCGCAGCAGAUGGAAAGCGACAGGAGAUCAUUGUCCUGGAUCCUAAACGCAGUAACUCCAUUAACAUCGGUCUCACGGUCCUCCCACCUCCCCGUACCAUCAAAACCGCCGUACUCAACUUUGAUGAAUAUGCGCUUAACAAGGAGGGAAUCGAGAAAAUCCUCACCAUGGUUCCCACAGAGGAGGAGACCCAGAAGAUUCAGGAGGCUCAGUUGUUGAAUCCUGAUAUUCCUCUGGGCAGCGCUGAGCAGUUUCUCCUGACGCUGUCGUCCAUCAGUGAGCUCAGGGCCCGUCUGCAGCUCUGGGCUUUUAAACUGGACUAUGAGGUCACUGAGAAGGAAGUGGCUGAACCUCUACAGGACCUGAAGGAAGGCAUGGAUCAGCUGGAGAAGAAUAAAACGCUGCGAUACAUCUUGUCCACUCUGCUCGCUAUCGGCAAUUUCCUGAACGGAACGAAUGCUAAAGGCUUUGAUCUGAGUUAUCUGGAGAAGGUUCCAGAAGUAAAGGAUACGGUCCACAAACAGUCUCUUCUGCAUCACGUCUGCAGUAUCGUUGUGGAGAACUUUUCAGACAGCAGUGACCUUUACUCGGAGAUCGGAGCGAUAACACGUUCGGCUAAAGUGGAUUUUGACCAGCUGCAGGAGACCUUGACUCAGAUGGAAUGGCGCUGCAAAGCCUCAUGGGACCACUUGAAAGUUAUCGCGAAGCACGAGAUGAAGUCCACGCUGAAGCAGAAGAUGUCAGACUUUUUAAAGGACUGUGCUGAGAGGAUCAUCAUCCUGAAAACAGUCCACAGGCGAAUCAUGAACAGAUUUCAUUCAUUUCUGCUGUUCCUGGGUCAGCCGGCGUACAGCGCUCGGGAGGUCAGUGUAAAUCGUUUCAGUCGGAUCAUCAGUGAAUUUGCCCUGGAGUACCGGACCACACGCGAGCGUGUUCUUCAGCACAAACAGAAACGAGCCGAUCACAGAGAGAGAAACAAAACACGUGGCAAAAUGAUCACAGACAUUAACACACAGACUGAUGAAGAAGAUGACAGUGAGGCGAGUCGGUCAGGUGGAGGCAGCAGUGUUACUCCGGUAGUAGUGCAGAAGACUGAGCCGCAGGGUUUGGGUCACGCAGAAAACGCAGCAGAUCACGAGCAGAUGAAGGCAGUACUCAAAACCGGCCUGCAGGGCGGCGACAGCGACAGCUCUGUUGUGCCUGGAUUACGAAUCCGCACACGCACUCGAGCCAGCCGAGGUCGAACCGCCUGGGCCGCUGCAAAUGAAGAAACACAGUGCGUUAAAGAUGAUGCUGCAGAUGACAUCAUGGAGAGGAUUGUACGUUCAGCCACUCAGAAUCCUCGAGAAAGAGCGCAACCUCGUGAACGACGACGCUCACGUGCAAAUCGAAAGUCACUGAGAAGGACUUUAAAGGGCGGUUUGACCCCAGAGGAAGCUCAGGCACUGGGAUUGGAUACAUCAGAGAUGUCAAUGUGAUCAGACGAAUGAUCGAGCGUCACUGAUGCCUUUAGCUGAACUUAUCUCAGGUGGAUUCAUACUGAAGGAACAACACAUUCAAUAAAACAGCUGCCAAUUCUUCUUAUCUCUUAGAUAUAUUUUCAUGCCAGAUAUUACUGUAUGAUGUCACUGCUUAUUAUUCUAAGCCACACCCACCCUGUCUUGCCACACCCAGCAUUUCCACUAGCCAAUCAGAAGCCUUUUUAUCAGCUACAUUUUAGUCUGUGAGGGAUUUUACACUGACAUGUUUAAAUGUCAUUUACACAGGAUUUGUUAAGGGAUGUUGUAAACAUUUUUAACUAUUAAUGACUGUAACAAAGUAACAAAAUAAACUUUAUCUCAGGGUUCCUAAUUCUUCACUUUAAGAGGUGAACAGUACAUAAGGAUUUUUACUCCACUUAAGUACAUUUUUCAAGUAUCUAUACUUAAUCAGAGUGUUUUUCUUGAGAAAACAUUUACUUAAGUAUAUGCUAAAGUAUAAUGUUUAAGUAUUUUUAUAAACACGUCUUUAUAAAGACGUUACUUAGUUGUAUCUUGAGAUAAAUUAAUAGCACUGGCAUGUUUUCUGUAUUAAGAUCUGUAUGUGCUAGUAAAACCAUGAUUCAUUUUAAUAAGGGAUAAGUAUGUUAGUAUGCUUUGAAAUGCAGUGAAGUAUGUUUUCCAAAGAAACAUUUAUAAAGUAUGGAUACUUGAAAAUGUACUUAAGUAAAAAUAUUUCACUAUUGUUCAUUUAGUUUCUUUCAUCUCGGAGAUAAACGCAGCGCCAUGUACUGAAGGUUGAGCUUGUGAGGAAUAAAACAGUGUUGUGAAUGUUACAGACUACUGUAAAUGAUCUGUUUUAGUCAGAUGAAUACUAGUGAUUUGAUCAGAAUGAGAGAUAAUACUUAGGUUUAUUUAUUUUAAAUGUGCAUAAGGCAAAGAAAAACCCUCUUGAUUUCUAUAGAAACCCCAGCAGAUGCAUUCUCCAAAAAUGAUUCAAAUUGUACAAAACUCUAAAAAUACAAUAUUUUUGAACAAAGACUGUAUAAAUUAUUUCUGCCCUUUUGUGUUCAUUUUGUAUUUUCUGUAGAUUUGUGUCAAAUGUUAAUUUAAGAAAUGCAAACACAGUGUUUAGAGGACGUACACAGCUUGUAGUAAAAACAGAAGAGGUUUUCUCUAACAGAACACAAGUUUUUAGUUUUAUCAAUGUUUAGAAAGAAACUUCUGUUUUAUUUUAUUUGCUUUUCGGUUUCAGAAGACCGUACAGGAGAACAUCUGCUCAACUCAAGCCUUGCGUGUUUAAUCGUUUCUUUAGUUAAGCACGUAAAAGCUGAAGUCAUUUUGCAAAAAGAUUUCCUUCUGAAUGUACACAUUCUGCAAUAAAAACCCUCCGAAAA